AUGUUCUGGAGAUUCGGGUUUAACAACGGAUCAGCUAUCGACAGCCUUCUCGACAAGGAGGACGUGCAGCUUGAGGCUAUUUUAGACGAGGACGACCUGCUGCAGGAGUGUAAAUCGCAGAACACGCGGCUUAUAGGAUACUUUGAGAGGGUUGAUGUGCUUCAGAAGUUGUUGGGAUAUGUGACGGGGCAAACGGAGAGCGAGGAAAAGGGGCGCUUCAAGUAUCCCUACGUUGCCACCGAGGUGCUAUGCAGCGAAAUAUGGUCCAUCGUCGAGACUUGUGUGAACGAGCACCAACAACUCCUUGUGCCCUUCUGGGAGACCGUCCUCGACAGAUCACCAGACGAUAUGAAAACGCAGACCAUCAUGGCUUCGCAUUUCGCAAAAAUUAACUCGGUAUUUCUCAGCAAAAAGCCUGCAGAGAUGCUCGCCUUCAUCCAAGCUCAACCAUCCAUUGUCGAACGGCUGUUGCAGCACAUUGAAGUUUCCUCAGUCGUAGACUUGUUGGUCCGAAUUAUCCAGUUGGAUGAGACGCCAGCUGGGAGUGGGGUAGUUGAGUGGUUUUCUUCAGAAAACUUGAUGGGCAGAUUGUUAGAUCUACUUUCGCCAGACCAUUCUACCGAUAUCCACACAAUCGUCACAGACUUGAUAAAGGGAAUCAUUUCGAUGGCUACCCCGUCCCCAGGUGCAGGGCUCACUGAAGGACUUCAAAACGGACCAGCAUCUAAUCGUUUUGCUCGAGAACUGGCUCGUCCAGAGAGUAUCUCGAGGCUGGUCUCGUAUAUGCUUUAUGAUUUUGAUACGCUACCGGAGGACCCUGCUCCAACGACCCCAACAACUGCUACUGGAGUGGAAGAUAUCCGCUCCUCCAGCCACUACUUCCCAAAUCGAGAAUCCGCGACAUCUUCGAUAGUUCAUUCAAUAUCUGUUGUUGUGGAACUGAUACGAAAGAAUAACUCGGACUAUUUUGAGCCAUACCUCUUCCAUACCCUCCGCAAUCGUCUUAUCCAAGUGCAACAACAGUGUCACAUACAAGGAGAAGAUACAAGAGGAACCCUUGAACAGGUGAUGGGGGAGAUGGUGAACCGAAUGGGGGUUGUUUCUCUAGGUCCGGUUCUGGAGAUCAUGUGUGUGCGAUUACCAGAGUUCCGACGUUAUCUAAAAGAACCACGGUCCUUGAAAGGCCCCAUAUCGACCACCGUUGGCACCAUUACACCGCUCACAUGGGAACGGUACAGGAUUAUCGAACUGUUCGCGGAACUGCUGCACUGUUCUAACAUGUCGCUUUUGAACCGCCCAGCUGCCUACAAUCACUUGUAUGACUCUGAGGGUCGUCUCCAAGGUGGUCUAGCCGGACUUGAAGAGUUAUCUCAGGUCAUUGCCCUGAACAACUCAAACGAUGAUCGGCAGGAGGAUGACAUGGACGAGGAGAACGACGAGAGCGAACCCGCACACGAAUUUCCCAUCAGCAGAAACCCAAUUCAACAUUCACCUUCACUUGAUUCCGAUGACGACAUGAGCGACGAUGGCGAUGAACCUGGUAGCUCAGACGACGAUGCUAUGGAAGAGAUAGCGAUGUACGAUGAGCCCCAGUCUCAGCUGGAACUAUCUCCUCUGAACACAGGGCUGUCGCUUUCUCAGCCAUCUGUUCUCAUGUCACCUAGCCCCAUCUACUCUUCACCCUCUCCUUCAUCAUCACCAUCGUCAUGUUCACCUAUAAUAAAUCCAUUCAGCCCUCCUCCUGAUGCAGACUCAUCUAGACCACCACCCCGUUCUCGACAUGGGUCAAGGAGGAGUUCGCGAAGACGAGCGACGAUCGACAGUUCCAUAGAUUCCCUCCUUCCCAUCGGUGAACAGAUGAAGCAACGCUUCCUAGACGUUGAUGUUUUAGGGACAUUGUUGGAUCUGUUUUUCGAGUUCCCGUGGAAUAAUUUCCUACAUAGUGCAGUGUACGAUCUGAUCCACCAAGUCCUUACCGGACAUGUCCACACUGGUCGGAAUCGGGAGCUUGCCAUUGCUUUAUUUCGUGAUGCCAAAAUCAUGCAUAAAAUUGUGGAAGGGCAAAGAAGAAACGACGAGGAGAGCAUGAAAACAACAGGUGGCCGAUUGGGCUACAUGGGCCACCUAACACUGAUAUCGGAAGAUGUUAUCACCGCGCUUGAGCAUUUCCCCCCAGACCUCAGGCUGAUCAUCAUCCAAUACGCGCCUGAACCUGAAUGGGACGAGUACGUUACGGGUAGGUAUAAUGAGACCAAAACGCGCGACACGAGGUUGUUGGGUGGAGGUAAACCUAUCGUAGCCCAGCGUAACGUUACGCAAUGGAAAGUAGAUGAGGGGGAUGAAGGUGGUAUUGCUGCAACACCUGGCAAUGGCGUUGGCGCGACAACGGACAGCAGCGAAGGUGGAGUGAGGGGCCAAUUCCGACGUGCCACUAGUCUUGGGUCAUCCCGGGGGACUGCUGAUUUUGGACCUGCUCCCAUGGAAGAUGACGGCGAUGACGACGAAGACGACAGUACAAAACGAGCCCCACAGUUUGCGCGGUACUUGGCACAGGAGAUGCAUUCCUCCGACCAGUUUGAAUCAUCCUCUGAUGAAGAGGAUGAAGAUGAGGGCUGGUUAUCGCAAUCCACCUUCAGCUUGAGUAACCCGCCUGUAUCUUUACGACAUCAGAGUACGGAGCGGAGACCGCUCAGUACAAGUGGCUUCGAUGACGCCUUUAAUCCAGGAGAUAAUAGGGCUCAUGCUAUGGCUCAAGAUGCGUUCAAUGCUCAUGAUGAUGAUGGCUUUGGCCCAUUCUCAGAUGCAGCAGCGGCAACAAAUGAUGUAGACCCCUUUAACUUCCCAUCUUCAUUCUCUGAUGAAGAUUCGUCGUUUGAGAGCUUUGCCGAUUUUGGAGACUUCCAUUCAGCGACGUCAGAGGAUGAGGGGUUGACGCCUACUACGGAAAGCUGGACGUUUGCUAAUGAUUCUGCCACUUCAACCUCUGACGACUCCAACACGUCGGAAGAUUCCUUUAGCAGUAGUCCGAAUGAUAAAAGGAUAAUUCUGGAGAAACAAUUGUAG